GAAAGCCCUAACAUCGAUCUCUGCUCCAACAACCGCCGCCGCCGGGCGUGUUUUACAAUAUUGCCAUCGCCGGCGACGAGCAGGAGCCGGAGACCUCUCCUCCCACCGUCUACCCGCUGAAACUCUUCUUCGACAUACUUAUCAGUGUAGAAGGAAUGGUCGACGACGGCAAUAGGAGGUCGGAAAAGCGAGCACGUCAAACGUGAACUCCUCCGCAAGUCGACAAAGGUUAGACGCCUGUCGAUAUCUUCGCACCGGUGGUAAGACCUCCCAAGCGUAUUUGAGUUCCAACGGCCGCUUCGAGUUCGAAUCUCCAGCGAAGCACGGCUCUCUCUGGCACUCUCCAACCCUUGGAGAUCUGUUUACGACAUUUGGACGAAUUGUCGGAGUGGAUUACUGCUUUUUGCUAUCGAUCAGAGUCGUUGGAAGCAUCCAGUUGCAAUUACCAUGUCUACUUCCGAAAACACUCAAUUUCCAGACAAUCCAACUUUAGCCGAGGGCUGGAAUCUAGUCUUGCCACGACGAGGUAAAAAGCUAAAGAUGCCAAGUUUCCGGAAGCUUGUUCCUCAAGAGAAACAGGUAGAAGGGCAGGCAUGGAUUCCAACAGACAAAGAAACCGAUCCCGAAAGAGAAUCUAAACUGAUGAAAAGAAUGCAAUCAUGCAUUCAGAAAGUCACUAAACACGAGUUUUGCCGUGUUUUCUUCGAUCAGAUGAAGAGCUCCGGCACUUUGCCUAAGAUCCUGAAAAUCUUGGACUCCGAAAAAAAGAUGACGAUGGUCAUAUACGGCCUUGGCAGCAUCGAAAGAUGUGAACACUCCCGUAUACAGCUUAGUCUUGCAAUGCUGUUAAAGAAAAAGUUCAAUUGGAUUGGAGAGAUCGAAGUCUUCGAUCCAAAAAUCUCUUUAACAGAAUUGAAAGUCUUGACAUCUCUUGGCUGCACUGUUCUUACUGUAAAUGAGCAAGCUCGCCGGCAAGUUCUUAAGCCUACUAUGUUCUUCAUGCCACAUUGCGACGCAUAUCUGUAUGACAAUCUCUUGGAAGCAAAUUGGCGCGUGGAUCAAUUGAAAAAUCUUAUACUUUUGGGGAAUAGUUUUCUUCACUACGAGCAGCACGUGGUGCUUUUCCGGAAUCAAGAAACUCCUAGCGACCGGAAGCAUAUCAUAGCCGCAGUUCGCUUCGCCAACGAGGUUCGAAUCGAAACUUCGAAUGACGAGUUUUAUGGAGCCUUCAGUAGUUCUUGUUGGCAUUUUUUCAAUCCUUCCAGUGAGGCAGAAUUGCAUUUGCGCGACUCGAGAACGGGGGAGGACAGCGUAGUGCUGCCACCGCCGUUGAAGCGACCAGCUGUGGUUGCAGGGGUUGUUGCUGUCGGAGAUGUUGUCGGAGAUGUAAACAGUGGCAGUAACCGCCCGCCUCGACGGAUCGGAGGGUGGUUCCGGCGACAUCUUAUCUGUAAUUGUUGCAGAAAUCAAUCGAUUAUCGACCACAAUUCAAAACAAAAGUCGACAACAAAUCCACAAUUAUAACCAAAAGUAU